GAAUGUUGGGGUCCCUCCCCGUACUGCCAUCGCCUGGCCCUCUGCAGGGACAAAGCAAUGUUUGUGGAAUAGAUGAAUGAAUGAAACUCCAUUCUUCGGGUGGAUAAAUGGGGUCCCAGGUCACAGAACGAAUCUGCUAGGACCCGGGUCCCCCAGGGGAGUGAGAAAGACGGGCCAUCUGCAGCUGCGGUACUGCGGGAGGCUUUGUAACGAAGGGAGGCAGCCCAGCUCCCGCGUUUGGACGCCGGCCCGCUUGGGGUGCGCCCGGAAGGCCUCGCAGUGAUGCAGCAGGAGAGCCUCCUCUUUAAGAGACCCGGCGCGGCCCCGCCUCCUCCCCUGGCGCGCGCGGUCCCGGCUGGCCCGGCCAUUGAGUGGCGGGUACGGCGGCCAAUGACAGUGUCCGAGCGGAGUUGGGCGUGGUCCCGGUUCCGGAUACAAGCAAAGCUUCCAGGAAUCCUGCGCAAUGGGAUAGAGGAAUGAGGUUCAGAGAGGGACAGGGAGUUGCCCGCAGCCACACAGCAGGUCCUCAGCCUGACCCCUUCAUCCUGUCUGCCGGCCGUUCCCACCAUGGCCUUCUGGACGCAGCUAAUGCUGCUGCUUUGGAAGAAUUUCCUGUAUCGCCGGAGACAGCCGGUUCAGCUUUUGGUGGAAUUGCUGUGGCCUCUCUUUCUCUUCUUCAUCCUGGUGGCGGUUCGCCAUUCCCACCCACCAUUGGAGCAGCAUGAAUGGUCUCAUCUGCAACAUGAACAACACCUGCUUCCCACACCCCACCCCCGGCGAGGAGCCUGGAGUGCUCAGCAACUUCAACAGCUCCCUGUGAGCAUACACAGUGGGUGGGGCCAGGCGCCGGGGUGCUCGCCCAAGCCUCCACCUCCCGCCAUCUUUGUUCCCAGGGUCUCCCGGCUCCUGGCAGAUGCCCGCACUAUCCUGGGGGGCCCCAGUGCCCACAGGAUGCUGACCAGCCUUGGAAAGCUGAUGCCCACGCUGAGGGCUGCCCAGGGAGCAGCCUGGCCUCAGCCUAGCGACCAGCCACAGGAGGGACCACCCCUGGCUACCGAGGUGCUGGGGACUAUGCUUCAAGGGGAAUCCCUGGGGUCUGUGUCGGGCCAAGCCCAGAAGUCCAUGGGCAGCUUUGUGGAGGCUGCCAAGGACCUGGCCCAGGAGCUCCUGGCACUACCCAGCCUGGCAGAGCUGCGGGCACUGCUGCAGAGACCCCGAGGGACAGGGAGCCCCCUCGAGGCUGUGUCUGAAGUCCUCUGCAGUGCCACAGGGCCCAGUGUCCCUGGAGGUCUCUCUUUCAGCUGGUAUGAGGCCAGCGAACUGAAGGAGCUGGUGGGGCAGGAGCUGGAGCCAGCCCUACCCAACAGGGGCCUCAGCCCUGCCUGCACUGAGCUGAUGGGGGCCCUGGACACCCACCCAAUGUCCCGCCUGCUCUGGAGGCGCCUGAAGCCGCUGGUCCUGGGGAAACUGCUGUUUGCCCCCGACACACCAUUCACUCGGCAGCUCAUGGCCAAGGUGAACCAGACCUUCCAAGAGCUGGCUCUGCUGAAGGACAUACAGGAGGUGUGGGAAGUGUUGGGACCUCAGCUCUUCACCUUCAUGAAUAACAGUGCAAAUGUGGCCAGGCUGCAGAGGCUCCUGCAAAUUCAGGUCAAAGGAAGGAGGCGACCGGGGCCCAGAGGCCAGGACUGGAUCCAGGCCCUUCAAGCCUUUCUGGACCCCCUCGGGAGCGACUACAGCUGGCAGGAGGCCCACGCUGAAGUGGGGCACCUGGUGGGCAUGCUGGGCCGUGUGAUGGAGUGCGUGAACCUGGACAAGCUGGAGGCAGCGCCCUCCGAGGCGGCCCUGGUGGCGCGCGCGAUGGAGCUGCUCGCUGAGCGCCGUUUCUGGGCCGGCGUCGUCGUCCUGGGGCCUGCGGACGCCGCGGACCCCGCGGACCCCGCGGACCCCGCGUACUUCCUAGAACCUGGGCACGUUCGCAUUAAGAUCCGCAUGGACAUCGAUGACGUCACGAGGACCAAUAAGAUCAGGGACAGGUUCUGGGACCCCGGUCCGGCCGCUGAUCCCCUGAUGGACCUGCGGUACGUGUGGGGUGGCUUCGUGUACCUGCAGGACCUGCUGGAGCGCGCGGCCGUGCACGUGCUCAGCGGCUCCACGCCGCGCGCCGCCCUGUACCUGCAGCAGAUGCCCUACCCGUGCUACGUGGACGACGCGUUCCUGCGCGUGCUGAGCCGGUCGCUGCCGCUCUUCCUGACGCUGGCCUGGAUCUACUCGGUGGCGCUGACGGUGAAGGCCGUGGUGCGCGAGAAGGAGACGCGGCUGCGCUGCACCAUGCGCGCCAUGGGGCUCAGCGGCCUGGUGCUGUGGGUCAGCUGGUUCCUCAGUUGCCUGGGGCCCUUCCUCCUCAGCACCGUGCUGCUGCUUCUGGCGCUCAAGGUGAGCGCGCCCCAGCCUCGCUGCCUGCAGCGUGGGCUGGAGGCCCCUGACCCGGGCUCCCUUUGCCUCCCGCAGCUCGGGGACAUCCUUCCCUACAGCCACCCGGUCGUGGUCUUCAUGUUCUUGGCAGCUUUCGCUGUGGCCACGGUGGCACAGAGCUUCCUACUGAGUGCCUUCUUCUCCCGUGCCAACCUGGCAGCUGCCUGCGGGGGCCUUGCCUACUUUGUGCUCUAUCUGCCCUACGUACUUUGCGUGGCCUGGCGCGACCAGCUGCCUGUGGGUGGCCGCGUGGCCGUGAGCCUGCUGUCCCCCGUGGCCUUCGGCUUCGGCUGUGAGAGCCUGGCACUGCUGGAGGAGCAGGGCGAGGGCGCACAGUGGUACAACAUGGGCACCGGGCCUGCGGCUGAUGUCUUCAGCCUGGCCCAGGUCUCAGGCCUUCUGCUGCUCGAUGCCGUGCUUUACGGCCUGGCCACUUGGUACCUGGAGGCCGUGUGCCCAGGCCAGUACGGUAUCCCCGAACCGUGGGAUUUUCCCUUUCGGAGGAGCUACUGGUUUGGGCCUCGGCCACCCAAGUGUCCUGCCCCACCCCCUGCCCCGCAGGACCCAGAGGUGUUGGUGGAGGGGGCCCCUCCUGGCCUGAUUCCUGGGGUGUCCGUGCGGGGCCUGGAAAAGCACUUCCCCAGCAACCCACAGCCAGCCCUGCGCGGGCUCAGCCUGGACUUCUACCAGGGCCAGAUCACCGCCUUCCUGGGCCACAACGGGGCCGGCAAGACCACCACAUUGUCCAUCCUGAGCGGCCUCUUCCCCCCGACUGGGGGCUCUGCGUACAUCCUGGGCCACAAUGUCCAGUCCAGCAUGGCGGCCAUCCGGCCUCACCUGGGCAUCUGCCCACAGUACAACGUGCUGUUUGACAUGCUGACUGUGGAUGAGCACGUGUGGUUCUACGGGCGGCUGAAGGGUCUGAGUGCCGCUGCUGUGGUCCCUGAGCAGGACCGGCUUCUGCAGGACGUGGGGCUCGUCCGCAAGCGCUGUGCACAGACGCGCCACCUCUCCGGUGGCAUGCAGCGGAAGCUCUCUGUGGCCAUUGCCUUUGUGGGGGGCUCCCGGGUAGUUAUCCUGGAUGAGCCAACAGCUGGUGUGGACCCCGCUUCCCGCCGUGGCAUUUGGGAUCUCCUGCUCAAAUACCGGGAAGGUCGCACCUUGAUCCUCUCCACCCACCACCUGGAUGAGGCGGAGCUGCUGGGAGACCGGGUGGCAGUGGUGGCGGGUGGCCGCUUGUGCUGCUGUGGAUCCCCACUCUUCCUGCGUCGCCACAUGGGCUGUGGGUACUAUCUGACCCUGGUGAAGGGUGUCCCACUCCUGGCUGCUGGCAAGCAGGGUUAUGCUCACUUGGAGGACCAUGUGGAUGCCGGGCAGCAGAGAGAGCCAGGAAGCAGGGCUGGUGUGGCCCAGCUGCUGGCCCUGGUGAGGCACUGGGUGCCCAGUGCCUGGCUGGUUGAGGAGCUGCCCCACGAGCUGGUGCUGGCACUGCCCUACGGGGGCGCCCUGGAUGGCAGCUUCGCCAAGCUCUUCUGUGAACUGGACCUGCGUCUGGGGGAGCUGGGGCUAGCGGGCUACGGCAUCUCUGACACCAGCCUGGAGGAGAUCUUCCUGAAGGUGGCCCAAGACUGUGCUGUGGACACAGACCCAGGGAAGACAGCUGCAGACGGUAGCCACAUGCUGUACCCAUGCUUAGGAAUUGCUCACCAAGAUGCGACCCCACGGCUCACAGUCCUGCCAGAGGCGCCAGCCCUGGAGAAUGGGGAGCCCGCUGGGUCUGCCCCAGAGACACAGGUCCUACAGGGCUCUAGGCUGGACGCCACAGGCCGGGUGCAGGGCUGGGCGCUGACGUACCAACAGCUCCGGGCCCUGCUUCUCAAGCGCUUUCUGCUUGCCCGCCGCAACUGCCGGGGCCUAUUUGCACAGAUCGUGCUGCCUGCCCUCUUUGUGGGCCUGGCACUGGUGUUCAGCCUCAUUGUGCCGCCCUUUGGGUACUACCCGGCUCUGCGGCUCAGCCCCAGCAUGUAUGGUGCCCAAGUGUCCUUCUUCAGCGAUGAUGCCCCUGGGGACCCUGAACGUGCCCACCUGCUGGAGAUGCUGUUGGAGGAGGCAGGACUGGGGGAGCCUCACCCACAGAAUAGCUCCAACAGGGCACACGAGGGCACACAGCCCACCACCUGCCAGUUCUCAGUGCCCGAGGUUCCUGCAGAUGUGGCUCGGGUCUUGGCCAGUGGCAACUGGACCCCGGAUUCUCCGUCCCCAGCCUGCCAGUGCAGCCGGCCAGGUGCCCGGCGCCUGCUGCCCAACUGCCCCACUGCGGCCGGCGGCCCCCCGCCACCCCAGGCGCUGACCAGCUCCGGAGAGGUGGUGCAGAAUCUAACAGGCCGGAACCUGUCUGACUUCCUGGUCAAGACGUACCCGCGCCUGGUGCACCAGGGCCUGAAGACCAAGAAGUGGGUGGACGAGGUCAGGUAUGGGGGCUUCUCCCUGGGGGGCCAAGACUCACCCCUGCCCUCGGGGAGUGAGGUAGGCCGCUCUGUGGAGCAGCUACGGGCACUGCUGAGCCCGCAGCCUGGUGGGGCCCUCGACCGCCUCCUGAACAAUCUCACAGCGUGGGCCCACAGCCUGGACGCUCAGGACAGCCUCAAGAUCUGGUUCAACAACAAGGGCUGGCACGCCAUGGUGGCCUUCGUCAAUCGGGCCAACAACGCACUCCUACAUGCCCGCCUGCCUCCAGGCCCCGCCCACCGUGCCCACAGCAUCACCACACUCAACCAUCCCCUGAACCUCACCAAGGAGCAGCUGUCCGAGGCCAAGCUGUUGGCCUCUUCAGUGGACGUGCUUGUCUCCAUCUGCGUGGUCUUCGCAAUGUCCUUCGUCCCAGCCAGCUUCACCCUCAUCCUCAUUGAGGAGCGCGUCACUGGGGCCAAACACCUGCAGUUCAUGGGGGGCCUGUCCCCCACUCUCUACUGGCUCAGCAACUUUCUCUGGGACAUGUGUCACUACUUGGUGCCGGCGUGCAUCGUGGCGCUCACCUUCCUGGCCUUCCAGCAGAGGGCAUACGUGGCCCCUGCCAACCUGCCCGCCCUGUUGCUCCUGCUUCUGCUGUAUGGGUGGUCUAUCACGCCGCUCAUGUACCCAGCCUCCUUCCUCUUCUCCGUGCCCAGCACCGCCUACGUGGUGCUCACCUGUGUCAACCUCUUUAUUGGCAUCAACGGCAGCAUGGCCACCUUCGUGCUUGAGCUCUUCUCUGAUCAGAAGCUGAAGGAGGUGAGCCGGAUCCUAAAACAGGUCUUCCUUAUCUUCCCUCACUUCUGCCUGGGCCGGGGGCUCAUUGACAUGGUGCGGAACCAGGCCAUGGCGGACGCCUUUGAGCGCUUGGGAGAAAGACAGUUCCAAUCUCCCCUGCGCUGGGAGGUGGUUGGCAAGAACCUCUUGGCCAUGGUGGUACAGGGGCCUCUUUUCCUCCUCUUCACGCUCCUGCUGCAGUACCGUAACUGCCUCCUGCCGCAACCCAAGCUGAGGCCACUGCCCCCGCUGGGGGAAGAGGAGGAGGAUGUGGCCCGUGAGCGGCAACGGGUGGUCCAAGGGGCCACCCAGGGGGAUGUGUUGGUGCUGAGGGACCUGACCAAGGUUUACCAUGAGCAGAGGACACCAGCUGUUGACCGCUUGUGCCUGGGGAUCCCCCCUGGUGAGUGUUUCGGGCUGCUGGGCGUGAACGGAGCAGGGAAGACAUCCACAUUUCGUAUGGUGACCGGGGACAUGCUGCCCAGUGGGGGCGAGGUGGUGCUGGCAGGCCACAGUGUGGCCCGGGAACCAGCCGCUGCACACCGCUGCAUGGGCUACUGCCCUCAGUCGGAUGCCAUUUUCCACCUGCUGACUGGUCGUGAGCACCUGGAGCUGUUCGCGCGCCUGCGUGGUGUCCCGGAGGACCAGGUGGCCCAGACCGCGAGCUCGGGCCUGGCGCGCCUGGGGCUCCGGCAGUUCGCGGACCGGCUCGCAGGCACCUACAGCGGCGGCAACAAGCGGAAGCUGGCGACAGCCGUGGCGCUGGUGGGGGACCCGGAGGUGGUCUUUCUGGACGAGCCAACCACAGGCAUGGACCCCGGCGCGCGGCGCUUUCUCUGGAACAGCCUCCUGGCCGUGGUGCGGGCGGGCGGCUCCGUGGUGCUCACCUCGCACAGCAUGGAGGAGUGUGAGGCGCUCUGCACGCGCCUGGCCGUCGUGGUGAACGGCCGGUUCCGCUGCCUGGGCAGCCCGCAGCGCCUCAAGGGCAGGUUUGGGGCUGGUCACACGCUGACCCUGCGGGUGCCCGCGGCGCAGCCCGAGUCGGCGGCGGCCUUCGUGGCGGCGGCGUUCCCAGGCGCUGAGCUGCGGGAGGCGCACGGCAGCCGCCUGCGCUUCCAGCUGCCUCCGGGAGGGCGCUGCGCCUUGGCGCGCGUCUUCGGAGAGCUGGCGGCGCAUGGGGCGGAGCACGGCGUGGAGGACUUCUCCGUGAGCCAGACGACGCUGGAGGAGGUGUUCCUGUAUUUCUGUAAGGACCAGGGGGAGGAGGAGCAGGAGACCGGAGUGGAGGCAGACCCUGUUCCAGGCCCGCAGCGCCCCCGCCUUGUCGCUCGCUUCCUGGACGACCCCAGCUCCGCCGAGUCGGUGCUCUGAGCCUGUGGGCCUGGUGGGAGGUCCUGGGAGUGACCAGGGCAGGGGGGAGGGGCUGCAGCUGGGACCCAGGCCCCCAGAGGGUCCACCACCCUGGGGGAAAUAAAGAGAAGCAGUCAUGGUGUGAA